AUGGCUCCCGAGUACGCCAGAGACCAGCCUGGAGGUUUCAGCAACCGUAUGGAGAAGGUUGCGAUCGUGGGUGCUGGAGGCACGCUGGGCAAGUACAUCGCCCAGGAGCUGGUCAAAACAGGGAAACACGUCGUGACGGCCCUCACUCGCUCUGGGAGCACAAACAAGUUGCCCGAGGGCGUCAAUCCCGUCACCGUGGACUAUGACGACGAGACAUCUUUGGUCGAGGCUAUGAAGGGACACCAGAUCCUGAUAAUUACCCUGGCCGUUAGCGCACCUCCUGGAACACAGAGCAAACUCAUCAAAGCAGCGUCAAAAGCUGGCGUUCCCUACGUCAUGCCCAACGCGUGGGGGACUGACCCCUUGAACCAGGAGCUAAUGCAGGACACCUUCUUCCAGAAGCCUUUUGCCGACGCUCGUGACGAGAUCGAGUCCCUCGGGGUGAGCAAAUGGAUUGUCCUCUCAUGUGGCUUCUGGUACGAGUUCAGCCUCGGCGGCACGGAAGACCGGUACGGAUUUGAUUUCCAAGACCGCUCCCUCGUCCUCUUCGACGAUGGCGACACAAAGAUCAACACCAGCACGUGGGCACAGUGCGGCCGUGCCGUAGCUUCCUUCUUGACCCUCAAGCUGCUACCCGAGGACGAAGGCGACAAGAGCCCCGCCAUCGAGAACUGGGCCAACAGGGCCUUCUACGCCUCGAGCUUCCUCGUCAGCCAGAGAGAUAUGUUCGAGAGUGCCAAGCGUGUCACCGGCACGACGGAUGCCGACUGGACGAUCAGCCAUGAGCACUCGGGAGAGAGAUACAAGAAGGCAGUUGAUGAUUUGCAGAAAGGGGACGUGAAGGGUUUCGUGCGACUGCUGUACACCCGCGUGUUCUUUCCAAACGGCGAUGGGGACUAUGAAAGCAGCAAAGGUCUACAGAACGAUGUUCUGGGCUUACCGAAGGAGGACUUGGACGAGGCUACGAAAGAAGCAAUUCAUCUGGCCUUGAGUGGAGGGCUGGAAGCUAGAUAUUCAGGGGUGGCAUCUAGGAGUAGCUAA